AUAUCCAUGACUACGACGACGCAGACUGCCCAUCGCAGUCGGCGCCGAUUCUCGAAUGGUCGAAUGAUCGGGUGCGCGGACCGACGUCAUCUCAUGUGCAGGGCGAUGUGGCCAAUCGGAAGUUGGAUGUCGAACGUCGCUCGUCUUCCGACACGCGAGCUCCGGAUGUUUUUGCGGCCAGAUCGAAAUGCGACGGCCGGCUUCACCGACGCAGCCAAUCUGACCCCACGCUUGAAAAUCACCCAAAAGAGGACGCCCACCAUGUGCGCGAUCUUCUUGUUCCAUUGCCACGUCCAUCGGACCACGUAGAAAGUGCAAACUCGCCAAGAGCGCCAGGUACCAGAUGCGAGCGUCAGCACAGCGAACGCGCUUGUUCCAUCUCGCCCGAAAUGCUGGCGCGCAAUGGCUGGUCGCGAGCCCACGUUGAAGCCCGUCCGAUCACUUCGCCAAUAGCAAGCCACGCGUGGCCAGCUGGCGGCCGCACAGAAACGACCGCGCCGAUUUUUGUCCCCAAAUUCACCUGAAUCCUCUCAGAGUUGAUAUGCGCGCGUGCCACAGUGGGAGGCAUCGCCAACGACAGGCGCCGACGCGCCGCGGCGGCCUUUCUACCUCUCACAAUCGAUCUUUGGCAACCCCAGACCUACUUCCUCGCCGCCGGGCGCGACAGCCAUUAAGCUUGGUCUUUGUAUGCAGUAUACGGAACCCAAGUGCAAUAAGAUUCGCCAGUUGAGAAAAACUGGGAUUUGCGAUCCGAAAGUUGAUUUGGUUUCAGUAUACGUGGCACGCUUCAAGUGCAAUCUGGCCGACGUUGCCAUUUCCGUUUUUGCUUCGUAUCAACAAGGUCGAAAUGGUUGCCAACGCGACUGCCAAGGUGGCCGCGGUUGUCGCCGCCGGCGCCUCGGACGCCUCGGCCUUUGGCCUCAUCAUUGGCGCGUGCGUCUUUGGCCUCCUCUUCGCGGGCUUCCUCUUCUGGCAAGUGUCCAAGAUCCAGGUCACGCGCCGCGGCGAGACGUACGAGCUCCUCUCGCAGGAGUCGCGCGGCCAGACCGCCGACCGCCUCUUUGAGAUCUACACGGCCAUCCAGCAGGGUGCCAAGGCCUUCCUCCUCGCCGAGUACACGCUCUGCUUUGGCUUCAUCGUCGUGUUUGGCGUUGUCGUGCUCGUCCUCACCUCGUUUGUCAACAAGCCCGACCAGACGUUCGACUGGACGGUCGGUGCCUUGACGGCCACGGCCUUUGCCGUCGGUGGCCUCACCUCGAUCGUCGCCGGCUACAUUGGCAUGAUGGUCGCUGUCUACUCGAACGCCCGCACCACGGUCUCGGCCAUGAAGGAGGGCGCCGAUGGCUGGCGCGAGUCGUUCAACACGGCCUUCCGCGCCGGUGGUGUCAUGGGCUACGCGCUCACGUCGCUCGCGCUCAUCGUGCUCUUCGUGCUCAUCUUGGCCUUCGAGACGGUCUACCCGCUCGCCACGGAUGCCAAGCGCCUCUUUGAAGCCGUCGCCGGCUACGGUCUCGGCGGUUCGUCGAUUGCCCUCUUCGGCCGUGUCGGCGGUGGUAUCUACACCAAGGCCGCCGAUGUCGGCGCCGAUCUUGCCGGCAAGGUCGUCGAGAACAUCCCGGAGGACGACCCGCGCAACCCCGCCACGAUUGCCGACAACGUCGGUGACAACGUCGGUGACGUCGCCGGUAUGGGCUCGGAUCUUUUCGGCUCGCUCGCCGAAGCCACGUGCGCUGCGCUUGUCAUCUCGACGCAGUCGUCGGCCAUCAUCAAGGCUGGCUGGGCCGCCACGCUCUUCCCGCUUGAGAUCACGGCCGUCGGUAUCUUUGUCUCUGCCGCCACGUCGUUCCUUGCCACCAACGUCUGGCCCGUCAAGAAGGAGGCCGAUGUCGAGCGUGUCCUCAAGAUCCAGCUCUUCGUCGCCACGACGCUCAUGACGAUCCUCAUUGCGCCGCUCGCCAACGCUGUCCUCCCCGCCAAGUUUGUCAUUGCCGGCGCCGUCUCGUACGAGGCCACGCCCUACACGGCCUUUGGCUGCGUCGCUGUCGGCCUCUGGGGCGGCUGCAUUGUCGGCUUUGUCACCGAGUACUUCACGUCGCACUCGUACACGCCCGUGCGUGAAGUCGCCCAGUCGUGCGAGACUGGCGCCGCCACCAACAUCAUCUACGGUCUUGCCCUCGGCUACAAGUCGGCCAUCAUCCCGAUCACGAUCAUCUCGAUCGCUGUCUACGUUGGCUUCUCGGCCGCCGGCAUGUACGGUGUCGCCCUUGCUGCCCUCGGCUUCCUCGGCACGCUCGCGACCUGCCUCGCCAUUGACGUCUACGGCCCCAUCUGCGAUAACGCUGGUGGCAUCGCCGAGAUGGCCGAGCUCCCCGCUGAGGUCCGCGACAAGACGGACGCGCUUGACGCUGCCGGCAACACGACCGCUGCCAUCGGCAAGGGCUUCGCCAUCGGCUCGGCCGCGCUCGUCUCGCUCGCCCUCUUCGGUGGCUUUGUCACGCGCAUUGAAGAGACGUCGAUCAACAUCCUGUCGCCCAUCACGUUUGCUGGCCUCUUCAUGGGCGCCAUGCUCCCGUACUGGUUCACGGCCAUGACGAUGAAGUCGGUCGGUGUCGCCGCCAUGGAAAUGGUCAAGGAAGUCAAGCACCAGUUCGCCACGAUCCCGGGUCUCCUCGAGGGCCUCCCCGGCCACGGCCCCCCGGACCAUGCCCGCUGCAUCAAGAUCUCGACGGACGCCUCGCUCCGCGAAAUGAUCCCUCCGGGUCUCCUUGUCAUCCUCUCGCCGAUCAUCGCCGGUACCUUCUUUGGCACGCGCGCGGUCUCGGGUCUCCUUGUCGGUGCGCUCACCUCGGGCGUCCAGCUCGCCAUCUCGCAGUCCAACACGGGCGGCGCGUGGGACAACGCCAAGAAGUACGUCGAGAAGGGCUGCGUCUCGAUCGAGGACAAGGACGGCAAGCUCAUUGUCCAGGGCAAGGGCUCGGCCAUCCACAAGGCCGCUGUCAUCGGUGACACGGUCGGUGACCCGCUCAAGGACACGUCGGGCCCCGCGCUCAACAUCUUGAUGAAGCUCAUGGCCAUCAUCUCGCUCGUCUUUGGCGACUUCUUCAAGUCGAUCAACAACGGCCGCGGUCUCCUCAACAUCUCGGACAACUAAGCUAGUCUUACGCGUCGUGUCGACUACGACUCGCGAGUAUAACGGAGUUAGAUAUCCCUUUUUUGUCACUUGAACGACUUGGUUUUCGAGCUGGUGGGCAUCGACUAACUACUAGUACGUCAGUCAGUACCUAUCCAA